AUGACUUCUGAUUAUCUAGAAACCCUACCGGCGCACCGGAGCUCCUUCGCAGCGCCAAUUGUAUUCAUCGUCGUCGUCGCUUUCCAAUUCCUCUCUAGGUGGCUGGAACAGUUAAAGAAGGGAGGAGUUAAGAGUGCUACGGCAACCCGAUUGCGUGGAGAAAUUAAAGGCCUCUUGAAGGAGGCAAGCUCCUUGUCACAGCCGUCGACAUUUGCGCAAGCUGUGAAACUUCGGAGGAUGGCAGCUGCUAAGGAGAAAGAACUUGCAAAUUGUCUUGACGUAUAUUGUGCUGGUUUGCUGGUUUUGGAGGGUUCGUGUUGCCUCCAUAUCGCAACAACUUGUGCAACCCUUUGGUAACGUGUUCUCGAUCGCUACAACUUGUGUAAUUUGUACCAGUAGUGUGCAUUACUCUUUCAGUUGCUGUGAAAUUGAGUUUAUCGUUGUAGUAUGCAGAAAGCUCACCUCUUGUGAAAAUACGAUUCUUUUAAUUUAUAGAGCAUAAGGAAAUUCCAGUAAAUAUGAACGGGUUCAGAUUGUGGAAAAAUGUUUCAGUGAUCAGUUCUGGGCUCUGAGAUCA